CACUGUCUUCCACCUGGAUUUUCUCGUGAGCUACCAAAUUACCAACCAGACCCAUCUCCACGCUCGUCUCUCCCAAAUAACUCCCGACGGAGCUUCUAGUCUUUUCCCUCCGGAUUUAAGUAUCUAUACUCAAACAACAACCGGCUCGGGCUUGUCUAGUUUCGCCUCUCCCCCCUUUUCCUCUUCUGUCGUGGGGAUAGGUGCAGUUACUGGGGCUGCAGUCGUCGCAGUCGUUGUUCCCGCUUGACCGGCUUCGGCCACUCUCUGGCGAUGAAGAGCCAUUCCGAAAACCGUCAAGGUAACGCAAAAGAGAAUGCUGACAACAGGACAUUAGCCAGUCUCCAUGAUCUCGGCAGUUUAGGACAGGGUAACUCACAACUCCAGACCGCCGAGCCCAGCAGCAGUUCCUGCGAGGGCCACGCCUGCUCGUCUGCUGCUGGAAGCUCUCUUGACAAUGCUCCUUGGGAUAAGUCCCAUGUCCGAAGGCCUGAACGGAGCGUGCCAGAAGCCGUAACUUGGUCCGUGGCCAUACCAGAAACGAUGGGUACCACAGACCUCGAGAGCGAGAAUGGCCCAGCGGUUGUAGAGUGCUGGCUUGCGAGAAAGGGCCACGAAAUAGUAUGCGAAGACGAUCAACGUUGCUGAUGCCUUGAGCCAUGUCAGCUUUCGCCCUCUGCAGUAAGAAGUGAUGGGCCGGCUUACAGUGAACAACGCAAUACCAAAGGCAGGAAACCCGCCCCAAAUGCCGGUGCUUGCGGCAGUAAAAGCCAGCACCAGAAUCGCGAUCACCGCUCUCGCGCAGCCAAUUGCGUUUGACCACCGUGGCAUCGGCACGACGGACGGGUGAACGUGAGAAGCGUUGGACAUUCUGAGGGAUGUCGAGGUCGAAAACCGUGAAACUGGCUGAAUUGGUGCCUCUUCAGCGCUUCGGUCAACCAUCUGCUUGAGCAAUCACUCCAAGGACAGGAUCAAUGGAUAACUACGAGAAGAAAGUCAAGGCUUCGAGGGGACGCAGGUAGAGGUCUAGCACCACGCCUUUAUUACCUUCUGAGGGCUUGUGACCUGGGCAGUGGUGGCUGCAAGCGUUCGCCCGACAACGUACAAAGAAUGAAGACUUGCAAUCGGCGCUGUCGAAGAGCCUCGCCCAGCAUGGACCAUGUUCAAUGCUUUCUGAUUGGGUCCGGCGACGAAGAAUGCGCUUGGGCGUUUGAACACAGUUCGUGGAUGGGGGACGAGAAGACAAAGCCUUUGUCUGCUCGGCCGCGUUCAGUUGAUUUCCAGCGGGAGAUCAGACAGAAGCCGUUGCAUGGUUUGGGCGCAUUGUCCCACACAGCGAGACCACAAAAGAACACGCAGGAUGGAAACGGUAGCGUAACAACGACGGGAUCUUGGGUGCGACAUGCUUUUCUACAUGGCGAACUCUGUCAAAGCAUGUUCAAAUGAUGAUUCGUCUCGAAAAUACCAAAGCCAGGCGAGGAGAAUGGAGAAUCGAUGAUUGAAGCUGUGACUCUGGAUACGUUGGGGAUGAUGGUCACAGCCCGGCCGGGGUUUAUAUGCCGUGGCGCAGGGGAGCUUCUUCGUCCACAGUAGUGACAUCAGCAUUAAACCAGCCUCUCCAUCGAGUCCAUCACACCACAAUUGAUCUCCCAGUUUUGGGCAUUCUGAAUACAGAGUAUUUUGUUCAUUUCCCCAGCUUCUCACACGGUCUGCGUUUGCUACAGGCAUUUCAGGUGGAGGCCCUCUGUAUCCCCCAUAGAAGAGUAUCACGACGAACACCACCCCUCGGCAUUAGAGACCUCUUUCGUCCUGACCUUGACACAACGCGCUCUUGAACCAUGCUUUCCCAAUGUAGCAGACGCUCCCUAUCGAGGAUUGGUCAAAUAUCGCGGCAAAUCAGCAACCAAACCAGAACAAUAGUAGGAUACACGAAAACACAGUUUCCGCUGAACACAGGCGCCGAGAUCCCAGCUAUAGGGUUCGGAACGUGGCAGGACAAAGAAGCACAGGAAGACGCAGUGGCCGAGGCAUUGAAGGUGGGCUAUCGGCAUAUCGAUACUGCACGGAUAUAUGGCACGGAGCCGGGUGUCGCCAAAGGCAUCAAAAAGUCCGGCAUUCCUCGCAGUGACAUUUUUUUGACGACAAAGCUGUGGAACAACUCGCACCAUCCCGACGACGUGGAAAAGGCGUGCGACGCCUCUCUGAAAGACCUUCAGACCGACUAUGUCGACCUCUAUCUGAUGCAUUGGCCAUCCCCAUGGGCGCGCGGCGACAAAAUGAGGCCCAUGAAAGACAACAAGAUUGUCCCUGGUGACACUGACUACGUCGAAACCUACCGUGCCAUGGAGAAACUGGUCGCCCAGGGCAAAUGCCGCGCCAUCGGCGUGAGCAACUUCUCCCUCGCAGAAAUGGAAAGGCUGCUGAGAGAAACCUCGAUCGUCCCGGCCGCGCAUCAAAUGGAACUGCAUCCGUAUCUGGUCCAGGCCGAUUUCUCGACAUGGCACAAGUCAAAGGGCAUCCACAUCACGCAAUACUCGCCGUUUGGGAAUCAGAACGAGAUCUACGACAAAGGCAAGAACAUGGGCAAACUGAUCGACGACCCGGUGCUGAAAGAGAUCGGGAGGAAGUACGGCAAGAACGGGGCGCAGGUGGCUCUGGCAUGGGGGAUAGCGAAGGGUCAUUCCGUGAUACCCAAGUCCAAGACACCGUCGCGCAUCAAGGCGAACUUCGAGGGCGACUUCAAGCUCGAGGCCGAGGACGUCAAGAAGGUCGAUGGGCUGGACAAGAAGAUGAGGUUCAACGACCCGUCGGAGUCGUUUGGGUGGAACUUCUACGCCGAUCUCGACGGAAAGAACAAAUAACGGAAAAAAGUCAUCCAUGGCAGUCCAAGAACGCUGGGAACAUGCGGCCGAGAGAGAGUCCGUGUAAGAUUGGGAGGAUUAUGGCUGACAACAAAAGGCUGAGAAGGAAGGGUUUGUUGGUUGCGUGUUCUGCGUGUCUUGUUUGCCACUCGAUCGGUCCCUCGCAGGAGGGCAGCAAAUCAGAAGCAUGGUGUCUGUCAUGAUUCCAAACAAUCUGGCUGUGGAAGGGCUACACAGCCUCGCAGUGGUGCGUACAUGGCUAAGCCCAAGUAGAGUAGAUUACGAGUGAGAAUGAUAUGGGCCAGUGUCAUUUGGGCAUUCCGAGCCGCACUGCAGCACAUCAGGAGGGAGAGUGGCCUUUGGCUUGCUCUGGG